AUGAACAGCUACAAAAACAAGCGUUCUAUCGGACCCCUUCAUACAUGUGGAUCUGUCGCGGUCUCUGGUGACGGGAGCAGACUCGUUACUUGUGUUGCAGAGGAAGCUGUGCUCACCAAUCUUUUGACGGGCGAGGAAAUAUGUCGAUUUGCAGGGGACACUCAAUCCAUUACUUCGCUGUGCUUGACCCCAUCAGCUUCCCAACUGAUCAUAUUCACUUCUGCUCCUUCGUUGCGUGUGUACGAGGUCCCCACCUCUACUUCGAAAAGUAAAAUACAUCCCAUUCGGGUGGUUGCUCGUGCACAUGAUGCCCCCGUACACGUCUGCACCAUUGAUCCAUCCUCCACAUAUCUUGCCUCGGGCUCUGCGGACGGUGUUGUCAAGGUUUGGGACAUUAAACGUGGCUAUGUAACUCACAUAUUCAAAGGGCACGGUGGCAUUGUGAGCGCGUUGAAGUUCAACUUCCCUCGAGACCCUUCUGUCGUGGUUCCACAAAAUAUACUCCAGCUCAUAACGGCCUCCGUGGACACUCGCAUCCGGAUAUUUGAUCUAAAUGCGACCGUGAACAAGGAUCAAAGUGCACUACGUCCGAUCGCUGUUCUCGAAGGGCACGUUUCUGUUCCUCGGGCUCUGGAUGUGACUCCUGACGGGAAAUGGCUAAUAAGCGGAGGAAGAGACUCCGUUGUGUUGGUAUGGAAGAUGCACGCAAAAUCAAAAUCUGCAGAAAACGCCAAGGGGAAGGGAAAGAGCAUUUCACCUGCACUGGUUCAAACCAUUCCUGUUAUGGAACGUGUUGAGGCUGUCGGGUUGUUACAGACAGGGCACUUGGUUCCUAGUAGUAGCGCUUCCCAACUGCGCUUCUAUACUGCUGGGGAGAAAGGUAUCAUCCGGAUAUGGGGAUACCCACAUACCGAAGAUCAAGAGGAGCAGCGUCAGAUCGUAGAAGCUGUCUACUUGCCAUCGAUAUCGACGAUUGUCUCCGUACAUGCAGACCAGAAUAUACUAUUCUACGACCUGAGCACCCAAAAGCUCACCCGGCAACUCAUCGGUUUCAACGAUGAGAUCGUUGACGCAGUUUUCCUGUCUCCAAAUGCACCAAAAUCUGUGGAUUCUCACAUCGCAUUCGCUACGAAUUCAUCCCUCAUCCGGGUUUAUUCAACUGUAGGGCUGGAUGCGCGACUUUUGACUGGUCACACAGAAAUCGUGUUAUCACUUGAUCAUGGCGCGGGAGGGAAACUCUUUGCGAGCGGAAGCAAAGAUCGCUCCAUUCGAUUGUGGGCGCCUGCAUCCGCGGACAACGACCUCCCAACGGAGUGGGGCUGCGUUGCUAUUUGCGAAGGUCACGCAGAAAGCGUAGGCGCCAUUGCGAUGUCGCGAACUUUGGGCGAAGGCAGCACCACGAGUGUGCAAUUCAUGUUCAGCGGUAGUCAAGACCGGACGAUUAAAAUGUGGUAUAUCGGCGACGUGCCGCUGGUUUUCGAUGCCUCUCCACAAGGUCAAAGCGCUAUGAAGUGCAAGAGUUUGACCACUCAUAAAGCACACGAGAAAGAUAUUAAUUCUCUCGAUAUUUCCCCCAACGACCGCCUCUUGGCAUCUGGAUCGCAAGACCGCACAGCUAAAGUAUACGAAAUUAAUUUUUCACGUGCAACUGGGGAUCGGUCUGCACACGGAGAAAUCAAGCUACUCGGAACCUGUAAAGGCCACAAGCGGGGCGUUUGGACGAUCAAGUUUGGUCGCACAGAGCGCGUACUCGCAACUGGAAGCGGCGAUAAAACCGUAAAACUAUGGAACUUGGAGGAUUUCACUUGCGUGAAAACUUUCGAGGGGCAUACCAACUCGGUGUUGAGGGUUGAUUUCAUCAAUCACGGUAUGCAGCUCGUCACAUCAGCGUCGGAUGGCCUUGUCAAACUGUGGAAUGUACGCGAAGAAGAGUGCACAGCCACCAUGGACAAUCACGAGGACAAGGUUUGGGCACUCACCGUCAGCACGGAUGAACGUACGAUUGUUUCUGCAGCAGCGGACUCUGUGGUGACAUUCUGGGAAGAUUGCACUGAGGAACAAGAACAGGAAAACGAGGCCAAACGUGCCGAGCUGGUCUUGAGGGAGCAAGAUUUCAUGAACUAUCUGUCCCUUCAUGACUAUCGCAGAGCAAUACAACUUGCCCUCGCUAUGCAACAGCCUGGGAGAUUAUUGUCUAUGUUCAAAGACAUUCGUGCGACUCCCUCGGAAUCCGCAGCUGAUGCAUCAUCGGUAACUGGCAACGGUGCAGUUGACGAGGUACUCCGGACCCUCGGCGGGUCUGAACUUGCCCGCCUCUUGCGCUAUGUUCGUGAUUGGAAUCCCAAUGCUAAGACAAGCGGAGUGGCGCAAGGAGUUUUGUAUGCAGUCAUGAAGCUUAGAUCGGCGGACGAUGUCAUAGCGGCAUUUACGGAAGAAGCUCGCGAAGGUAUCCUACAGUCCUCUGGUCAAGAGAGCGUGAAAAGUACUACAAGCGGCAAUACUGCACUGAAGGAACUUAUCGACGCUAUGAUUCCGUACACUGAACGGCAUCUCUCCAGAAUGGACCGCCUUGUUCAGGAUAGUUUUGUGGUGGACUACAUCCUGAGCGAGAUGGAUGACGGAAUGUUUGAUGGUCAGGACAUAGAUACCAUGGACGUAGACACGGAGGUCAGUCCAUAGAUUGCAUUUCCAGCAA